AAUUAAUCCCGGCUCCGAAUCCCGAUUGUCGAGCAAACAUUUCCUUCCUCUCCCGUGUCAGUCAUCACGUAAUAUCCUCCGGCGGCCGGCAUGGUGUGUCCCGACUGCCUCUCGGGGCGCGUGCGGACCGAGACGCCGACGGGGACCGUGACCAAGAUCCACGGCCUCGACACGUACGUAGCGGCGCCGCCGGACGGCGCCGCGCCCAAGGGCCUCGUCGUCAUGGUGUCCGACAUCUUUGGCUGGGACUUUGUCAACAGCCGCCUGCUGGCCGACCAGUAUGCCGCCAGCGGCGGCUUCCUCGUCUACCUACCCAACUUUAUGAAGGAGCGGGGCGUGCCGGGUUGGCUGACGGAAGUGCUGUUUAAGCUGCUAAGCAAGUCCGGCGUGGUCGGCUGGGUGCGCAAGCCGUGGUACGUGGCACAGAUCGCCUACUACGUGGUGCCGUGGCUGUUCUCCAACCGGUGGGCCGUGUCGUGGCCGAUCGUGCGGGCGUUCUUUGAUGCAGUACGCAGCGACCAGACCACUGCAGCGCUGCCGGUCGGCGCCGCCGGGUUCUGCUGGGGCGCUAAGCACUGCAUCUUCCUGACGCACCCCGACAGCGUCACCAGCAAGCCGCUCGUCGACGCCAUCUUCAUCGCCCACCCCAGCGUCGUCAAGUUCCCGGCCGACGUCGAUAAGGUCGCGCGCCCGGCCUCGCUCGCCAUCGGUGAUAAGGACGUCACUAUGACCAUGGAGCACGUUGCCCUGACCCGCAAGGCGUGGGACGCCAAGAAGGGUGUUGUUGAUACCGAGGUCGUCGUGUAUCCUGGUGCCAACCAUGGGUUCGCUGUCAGGGUCGACUACUUCAACGAGAACAUGCUCAAGCAUUACCAAGAGGCCGAGGAGCAGGCUGUGAGGUGGUUUACAAAGCAUCUCAAUUGAGACUGCG